AUGCAACUAACACCAUUCUCUCGCCCCACCAUCCAAUGCUACACUAGGCCGCACCAAACCACCGCUUCACUCACUGCCACCACACAACCAUUGCACUCCAUCUUCCGUCACCCUCCUGCACGUCAACACACAUGCCCAUUUACGCAUCGUCGCCUCUUCCUGCCUUUUGACUCUAUCUACAGCAACUCAAACUCUUCUCACAUACUGUACAUCAACGACAACACCUACCAAACCGCACCGUUUCAAAGGUCUUGUCGUUGAUCUAUGUGUCCUACACGAGCAUCCACCAGAUAAAACAAUUUACAUU